GAUUGACAAGCAAUUUUCCAGUAAUGCAUUAAUUAUUUUGUCUCAUUCUGUUAAAUAUUCUUUAAUCAAUUGUCUUUUGUUUCUCUGAGAUUUGAAACAAGGGUUUUAGAUCCAGGAGUAAAAACCCAGACGUUGCUCUUCCCAAUGACACCCUACAACACACGAUGUUCUCAAAAAUUCAGCUUGUGAAAUUUAGCUGGUAUGAAAAUUAACUCUAAACAAUGUAUCUCAAAAAAGAGCUUUGUAAGUUUUACCCCUCUGCCGUUGCAUAAAUAUCAUUUAAACAUUUACGAUUCUGGAAGAAUUUCAGGGCCCAACAUCAAAGCACAUUAAAAUCCUUGGAGAUCUCACACGAGCUGCAGCGCCGUGCCUGUCCAUGCAUCACACAUGAAAGUUUAAACAUCUUAAGAGCGCUUGUCCCAGCCUGGGAGAAGCUGUGCAGAGUUUUCAGUCUGCUGUACGCUCAAAUGCUCCUGCAGUCCAGACUGAGUAGAGCCACUCGACAACACAAGGUCAGGUGACAUUAUGCUGUCUCUUUGUAACAGAUGUUUGUUUGUUAGCGAUGAUAAUAAUAAUUUGUCCAGAAUAUUCCUUUAAAAAAUGCUAUCAGUCUCUGCCAUUAUUUCAGUAGAAAUGACUGCUUAACCAGCUUUACAUUUUGUAUUCUGUAUUUUAUUUAUUUUGGUGCAUAAAUGACAUUCAACGUGACACCUUUGUUCUGGUCUGCAGGUUCUCUAAACAGGAAGGAGUCUGACAGCAGUAGGUGCUUCGACAUGGUGUACGGCGAAGUCCUUCACCAGGCUGAUGGCUGCUUCAUUAACAUCAAUGUUGGAGGAUUCAGGCGGCGCUUGGCUCACUCUGUCCUGAGGAGAUUGCCACAGACCCGCCUCGCCCGCCUCCUGCACUGCACCUCCAGAGCAGCCAUUUUGGAGCUCUGUGACGACUUCAGUUCCUUUGAAAACGAGUUCUACUUUGACCGCAACCCAAUUUUUUUCUGCUCCAUUCAUAACUUCUACCUGACAGGGAAGCUCCACCUGGUUGACGGGUUGUGCGUGGUCUCAUUUUCCCAGGAGCUCGAGUACUGGGGAAUCAAGGAGCACCACCUGGAUUUGUGUUGCAGCAGCAGAUUUCAGGAGCUGAUGCAGAAGAUAUGUUUGGAUCAGAGGGAUGAUGAUCAGCACCGCCAAAGCUCAGGCUCCUCUCCUGAGAAUAUUUCAGCUUUAGAGGAUGAGCUGGAAGAGUUUGAAGGCUCCUGGUGUGCAAAUGUUCGCAGGAAUAUCUGGAUUCGACUUGAGAAUCCCAGUUACUCCACCUCAGCCAAAGUGAUGGCUGUGGUGUUUGUGAGUGCUGUGGUUGUUUCCAUUGUUUCCAUGUGCUUGAACAGCAUGCCAGACUUUCACCAGGGGGACUCUGAUGAAAAGCACAUAGAACCCUCACUGCUAGUCCUGCUGGAAAACCUCUGCAUCCUUCUGUUCUCUGCAGAGUUUAUUCUUCGUUUGGCUGUUGCACCUUCAGCCAAGAAGUUCUUGAGCAGCGCUCUGAACAUCAUCGACUUUUUGUCCAUCUUCCCCUUCUAUGUGAUUUUAAUCUGUGAUAAUACAAAGAAAGAUGGGAAUAUAGAACUGGAGAAUGUUGGCAAAGUGGUACAAAUCUUGAGGCUGACCCGAGUGUUUCGUGUUUUGAAGUUGGCCCGUCACUCAGCUGGGCUCCGCUCUCUCGGCUCCACGCUGAAGCACAGCUCAAGGGAGAUGGGACAGCUGCUGCUCUUCUUAUCGUUGGGGGUUUCUCUGUUUUCUGCUCUUAUUUACUUUGUGGAGAGAGAGUCCAAAGAGUCACAGCUGCAGACCAUCCCUGUCGGCUGGUGGUGGGCCACCAUCAGCAUGACCACUGUGGGUUACGGUGAUACGAUCCCAGUUACUGUAGCCGGGAGGCUGAUAGGAACCCUGUGCAUCGUCUGUGGGCUGCUUAUUGUUGCUCUUCCUAUUACUAACAUCUUCAACAAGUUUUCCAAGCUUCAUCAGAGGCAGAGACGACAUAGUUUGAGGUAGAACACCUUGAAUAAAUAAAUUCAUGUAAAGAUUUAUUAGAAUUUUAGAACAUUAGUUCACACAGUUCUUUAAGUUGUUAAAAACAAAAAAACAAAAAAUCCCAACUUCACUGUUAGAGCAAGUGUACUGAUCUGUGUCCAAAUCUGUUUCAGUGGCAGCUGAGAGCAUUUGGUGCAGCUGUCAGUACUUAGUCUGAGGUUUCAGCUCAGAUAAAUAUUUAAAUCAGCACUUAGAGACAUCUAGUUCAUCCUCCUGUGACACGUCUUCACACUUUAAAUCACACGGUGCCUCACUUUGAUUUUAUUUCAGUGCUUUUCUGCAUGAAAGUGACAGUUGGCAGGACAGCAGCCAUCUCAGAUAGGUCCUAAUACAGAUGUUCUGCCUGUACAAAAACUGAUUGCAUUAAUUCUUUCUUGCUGAAGAAUACAUGCAGGGCAAAUAAAAACAACAAAGAGCCCGUCCACAAGUAGAGCUAUAUGUAAGAAGAGCUGUAAGAGGAUCAACUUUGCAAAAUUGCAAUUUUAUUAAACUAGUUGAAGAUGUAUAAAGAAUGGCAACCUCAGAGAUACUGCCUUCCUUUACACAGUCGAUACUCCACUUUCCUCCAGAGUUUAAGCCACUUAUGGUAGGAUUUUCUUUCAUGACAAAUAAACUAAUGCAAAUAUAUGUAAUUAUUCAGUUAUGUGUGAUGUGACGACCCCUGUCAGGCCACAAUAAACAUUUAGGUUGUAGUUUCCCCAGAACAUGGGGUCAUCGAACGUUCAGUCUAAAAAGAUGUGUUUGCCCUUGUUACAUAUUUACAUAAAAACCUAUGUACUGUGUAAAUUAUGUUUCAGACUUAAAUUAAAGAGCUACACAUUUAUGUCUAAUCUUAGGUUUUAGAACAAACAAAAAUAUCAAAAUACUUUAAAUUCACCUUAUAAUGGAACUGUGCAUUUCGUGGUAGUUCAAUGGAAGUUUUGGAAGGUUUUCUGCCCGUUCUUAGAACGCAGAAUCUCUGGAAAAGAAUCUGUAAGUUGUGGAAAGAACCAAGUAAGUCCUGGAAAUAUUGUGAAGGUAUAAAUGGUACAAUCAAAUUCAAGAAUCCAGUUGUAAACGUUUGGACUGACUACCUGCUCCAAUAGGACUACGCCUAAAGACUUUUUAAAUUCCAUCCGAAUCGGAAUACCUUAAUUCUCGUGGUUGAUCUGGGUUUCUGUUUACAAAGUAGCAUUAAAUCCCAGCUAACGUCAUGAAACUCUGUCUGAAACAACCUUAAUAGUUUCACUAAUGUCACACCAAGCACUCUUCAAUUCUUUUGUGUUGCUGCUGAAAGAUUUUCUGAAUCAUAAGCGUGCAUGUCUGAGCAAUGGUGCAGCGCAGUGAUCCUGUAGUUCAGGUUAUUAUUAAAGCCAAGCUUUCUUCUUUGUGUUGUAAUUCCACAACAGUUCCACUUGAGGGCAGCAAACGCUAAGAUGUUUGCCAUUGCACCCAGAAGGAGAAGCCUCAGCCUUUUUACUAAAAUUCUUAUUAGCCGGAAACGGAAACAAAAACAAAGUUGAACCCUUUUGACAAAAAUCUUGUAUCGAAAAUGAUCCUGCUCUCUCAAAGGUGGUUAAUUUUUAUCCAAACUUUUAGUCUGAAUAACCAGAAAAUAGAAAACUAGAAAGAAUCCAUGAUCAGAAGAACAUAUCGUGGCAAUUUUUUUCUGAAAAUCCAACCUUACGUUCCCUUAUAGACUUUAAAAUAUGCUUAUUUGUCAUUAAAUUUAGAAAACUACAAAAACUCAUCUUCAUGCCAGAAAUAACAUGUUAAAAAUGAUCCAUGAUCAGAACUAGAUAACCUAUUUUGCUCAAAAUCCAAACUUAAAUUCAACUCUAAAAUUUAAAAUAUGCUUGUCUGUCAUCAGUGAAUUUAUAAAAAAUACAAAAAUGGAUCUUUUCAGCCUAAAUUGGUGUUGUAUCCAAGAUCUUGAUCUGCUAGUAAUACAUUCCAUGCAUAUCAGAAUUUAAAUUUAAAAUAAACUUUUAGGCAGAAUUAGUUCUGCUGGUUUACGUUUAUCGACCCUGAAAAAAACAGUUUGAGAUCAACUUGACAACAGUGAACUUUCUCUGAUGCCCUUUUCAUGUUUUUCUCCUAAACAGACGAUGUUUAAUUGUAUCUAGUUGAACUAGAUUUGCUACAGUUUAACAAAAAAGAUCAAGGUUUUACGUGAAACGCUGAAGUCAGGUGUAACUAGUAUUUUCAUACUGAAACAUUUUAGCAUGGAUAUUUUUAAUAUUUCUUUGAAAUAGUUUAAAGCUACUCUUAUAAUUUUGAAAAUUUUAAGAUAAUUUUGUCUAUGUUAAAAUGUGUAUAGCCUAUGUUAUUAUUUCUUUGUCAUGUUGAUGCAAUAUAGUCCACAGCGAGAUGUGGACAAACAUAUCUCUGAAGAUGUUCUCUCUUGGGGCAAAUUUUCAGCUUUAUGUAGAUAUCUGAUGUCUUCAUCUAAGCCACACAGACCUAUAACAGAUAAUAUGUAAACAUCUAUGUUGAUGAUAUUAUGACAUUGAAUUUGUUUACUGAGAAUCCUACAGUUUGAGUCAUGAUUUAAAAAGAAAUUAUUUGACUUCUUGAAAAUGGUUUUCUGUGUUUUAUCACUCCUAUGACAAUGUGAGUGUUUGAACAUUUCUGUAUUUUAGAAACAUAGAUUUUACUUUGCGCCUCAUAUGAAAUGUGUUUAUAAUAUUGCCAUAAUUACCAAAAGUAAUGGACCUAAAUUAAAUCUCAACAUUCGGUGACCUGAACGAAAGCAUGAAAACAGACAUUUCCGAGAUGAAAAUUAUUUUAUUAUUACUCUUUUAAAUUAACAAACACUGCUAUACAUAUUGCUGUUUUUAUUUCUUUUGAAUCGUUUUGAACAGUUAAAGCAUUUGGGAAAACAAAAAGAAGAAGAAGAAGAAACUGUAGUUCAACAGGCGACAGACAGCAGAUGACAUGUACAGUAGAACAUCUACAGUCAAUGGCUUUCCUAUGUGUGUGGAGAGGGGGCUCCAGAACACUCCGACAUACAGACAUUUAGACGGUUUUGGUUCUCAGAUCUCUCCCUUUGUGCUGUCCAGCCAAAUUAAAGACCCCCGUUGAUUUAAAACAGCCAGUCAAAUUAAAAUGACAUCAAAAAUAGCUGACAGGUUCUUUCUAAAUGAGUAGCAGCAGCUUGGGUUGGCUUUAAAAUGUACUUUUCUGCAUCCAGAAUCAUCUCAAAUUCUUGUCAUUAGAAAAAGAAAAGGGAGGUUUGGGCUCAAACCCCGUCACGUUAAAUUCAUAUGGAAUGUUUGGAGUAAACUAAAUACGUGGAAAAUAUCGCUGUUCUGUCAGUGCACGAUAAGCCCAAGCCCACUUCCCUUUAACAUAUACAAAUGAUGAACAAGAAGUUCUUCAAAGUGUUUGCUCUUUCACGUCAGACCAGCUGUAGAGAGAGUCUUCUUCAUCCUUUUCCUCGUCGUCUAAAGUACCUCCUGCACCCAGAAACCAGCCCGUCUGAGUUGGGUUAAAACAUCUUUGUUGUACUAAAAGUGACUGCUUUACAAACACCAAAUAGCCUAUACAUAUUUAUAUAUAUAAACAGGGUUGACAUCAUUUGGCAGCUGGCGACAAUCUGGACCACCGUGGCUUUUGUUCAAGUUUGACCAAAAAUCCCUCCUAUUUUAGACAAGGACUGAUGAAACACAGGAUUUACACGUGCCGAGAAAAAAAAACGGAUUUGGCUUUUUGAAACCCGAGCGGCCCCUGAGAAGGCAGCGGCGGAACAAAAGGAUGUUUAUUUAGAGAACGAAGCGGAGGAGGGUUUUGUUCAAACUUUUUUUUUUUUUUUUCAAAAUUUCGGAGCAGAAAA